AUGAAAAUCGGUUGCCUCCAGCUCGCGCCCAAGUUGGGCGAGGUGCAGGAGAACAUCCGCAAAGCAGACUCUCUGUUGAUGGACAUUUCACCCUCUGAACUCGAUCUUCUGGUCUUACCAGAAAUGGCAUUUUCAGGUAGGUGGUAUACCAGUUCAUUUUUGCGCCAAGUACAAGUCUCAAAUUCGUCCUUACACAUAGGUUACAAUUUCCCCGACCUGGAAGCCAUCACACCUUUUCUAGAACCGACAAGCAAUGGACCAUCAGCAGAAUGGGCAAGACGCACAGCCGCACGAUUGAACUGCGUAGUCGCUGUUGGAUACCCAGAGAUCACGCCUGAUGGGAAACGUUACAACACAGUAGUCAGCAUGUUGCCAGAUGGAUCAGUGGCAGCAAGCUACAGGAAAACCUUCCUCUACUACACAGACGAAACAUGGGCAUCCGAAGGCGACACUGGUUUCUACCAUGGCACACUCGGUUCAAUUGGUCAAGCCUGUAUGGGCAUCUGCAUGGAUAUCAAUCCUCGUCGCUUCGAAGCACCUUGGUCGGCAUAUGAAUUUGCGAAUCACUGUGUGGAUUCGGAUACGCCUUUGGUCGUGUUAUCCAUGGCUUGGUUGACUAGACUCCUUCCUCAGCAACUGCUGGAGACUGGUUCGCAGCCAGAUCUUGAGACCUUGAGUUACUGGUUGGAGAGAUUCGUGCCAGUGGUGCAGAGUGAAAGAGAAGGAGGUAUUGUGGUGGUCAUGGCUAACAGAUGUGGCACUGAACCUGGCAUGGUGGCAGGAGUCAGUCAGGGUGUUGACGACGAGGGUCAAGAGGUUGUGGGGUAUGCCGGAACGAGCUGUGUGUUGAUGGUUGAACAGGGAGAAGUCAGGAUCUUUGAUAUCUUGGGCAAGGCCGAGGAAAGGUUGCUGAAGAUUGAUACUACAGAGGUGAGUUGA